AUGCCGCCACGUGGCUGUCAAGACAGGCACCUGCUGGUUGCACCUUGGCCCGAUGCCUCUCGCUUCUCUCUCGCACGUCAGCUGCACGCCAUGGCACCACUGCUCGCCCUUGCCAUGCUCCACAACCGAACCCUCGUGCCGCUUCCAGGAACCUUCCAGCCAGCCAACAACCAGGUGUGCAGAGAGUUCCAGCCAAUGGGCGGCGUGGGCAGCCAUGGCAGCAUGGGCGACUGGGGCUGCUUCUUCUUCCCCAUCGCCUCCCCUCACUGCUCUGCUGACGUCACCGCUUCCAUGGCUGCCAGUCGCAUGCCGACGUGUCACCGCGACACAUCUCAGUUUGAGCAGCUGGCCACGUCAGCAGAGAGGGUGGUGUGUUUGGAUGCGUCUGACGUGGACCAAUCCAGCAGUGCUGCUCUCUCAUUGGUGGAGGCCAGAGCAACCAAGAUGUAUGGGCUUGAUCCCUGCGCCUUUAAGUCCUGUGUGUGGCGCAUGUAUUGCCGUUCAUCCCAUACUGCUCACAUGCACUGUCUCUAG